UUAGUGAUACUGAGUCAGUAUGAAUUUUAAUUUUGAAACAAGUAGUUCAGUGGAAAUUUACUCUCAUUUUAGCAUUUAAACCAAUUUAAAAUGAUCGCAUUAUAUUUGUUAAUUGUUGCACUUAGCGUUUUAUAUUUGUGGCUAAAGCAUGUGUACAAUUAUUGGGAAAGACUGGGAUUUCCAUCGAUAAAACCGACGAUUCCGUUGGGUAAUUUAUCGGAUUCGUUUCUCGGUCGAAAGUCGAUCGGCAAAGAAUUGUACGACCUUCAUCGCAGUUCAAAUGAACCGGUGGAAGGUGUUUAUUUUCUUUUUAAACCGGCCCUAUUGUUGCGCGAUGCAAAACUUAUCAAAACUAUUUUAACCACCGAUUUUGCGAGUUUCUAUGAUCGUGGCUUUUAUCACAAUCCAAAAGACGAAGUGGCCGGAAAUAUGUUCAUGAAAUCGGGACAAGAUUGGAAAAAUUUACGCGCAAAACUAACACCAACAUUCACAUCAGGCAAACUCAAAGCAAUGAUGCCAACAAUCAUUCAAAUUGCACAGAAUCUCAUUCGAAAACUGUCAUCAUCUGCUCAGAACAAUGCAAUCGUUGACAUCAAAGAUCUCACGAUCAGAUUUGGAAUGGAUGUUAUUGGAACGGUGGGCUUUGGUAUAGAUGUAAACACUAUUGAUGAUCCAAAUCAUUCAUUCCGGAAAAUCGAAGAGAACAUAUCAAGUGGAGAAUUCAUUAACCGAAUUCGUUUGAUCGGUGCAUUUUUCUGUCCAAGACUCCUCGAAAUGAUUGGCAUGUCAUCUCAAUCAGGAAAGUUUAAGAGUUAUAUGCUUGAUUUGGUUAAAAAUACAAUGGAAUAUCGCGAAACAAAUAAUGUCAUGCGGAAAGAUUUCAUUCAUUUGUUGAUGCAAUUGAGAAACACUGGCAAGGUGGACGAGGACAAUGACAUUGCAUUUGCAUCGAUUUCCAAAAACGAAUCGUCGUUCAAAUCAUUGUCAAUUGAACAAUGUGCUGCACAGGUGGCUUUAUUUUAUUUGGCUGGUUUUGAUACCACAUCAUCAACCGUCGCAUACACUCUAUUUGAAUUGUCACGAAAGCCGGAACUAUUGAAAAGACUCUACGAUGAAAUCGAUACCGUUUUGGCCGAACAUAAUAAUGAAAUCACAUUUGACAGUAUCAAAGAUAUGACAUUUUUGGAGAUGUGCGUCAAAGAAUCGGUUCGCAAGUAUCCAACGUUACCGUUUUUGAAUCGUAUAUGCACCAAAGAUUAUCGAAUUGAGAGCGUGGGUCUAACUGUGCCAAAAGGAACACCGAUUGCAAUUUCAUUACUUGGAUUGAUGAGAGAUCCAGAAUACUUUCCAGAUCCCCAGAACUUUAUGCCUGAUCGUUUUUCCGCCGAUAAACCAAUGUUCAAUCCAGAUGCAUUUAUUCCAUUCGGAGAGGGGCCAAGAGCAUGCAUUGGUUCACGAAUGGGCAAAGUCGUAACUAAAACAGCUCUUGUGUCAAUAUUAAAAAAUUACCAUUUCGAAUGCGUGGACGAUCGUGAAUUAGUUAUAGCCAAUAAUGGUCUUACAGUGGUCAUGGAUGGCAAAAUCAAUUUGAAAAUUUCCAAUAGAAACUCCACACGCUAAUGGUUUUUGAUCGCUAUGGAUAUUGAAUAACCAACAAAAACCAAUUGAAAUAACAAAAAAUCCUCCUUUAUUAUAACACAGGCUUUUAUAAUUACUAACAUCGGUUGUCAUUCAAUGCAAACAGAUUUUUAGAUUAAAUAUCAUGUUUUUUCUUUGACUGUUGUCAAUUGUCUCAUCAAUUUA